GGUGGCGCCUCUAUCGUGACAACUGAAAAACAACAUGUCUGUCCAAGUUUAAUUCUUUGAAAGUUUUUCGGCUUUGUUAAAAUGUGAUUAUACUUUCAAAAAUACCUGAAUUUUGCCAAGAUAUGUUGAGUUAGAACACCCAGACUGUAGGACAUCAAACAGACAUGGAGAGAAGUGUCGGGUCGCGACUACAGACCCUGUUCCAGCAGCUGGAGAAGAUCGGGGGUAAGCAGGCCCGGAAUCAGACCAGCACGGAGGACCUUCAGACCAUUCGAUAUGUUACCUCAAAGAUACACCAGAUCCUCAACUCACAAGAAAAGACGCACCGAGACACGGUCCUGAAGAACAGCGGAUGGGUCGAUUUAAUUCUCGCUACUUUGAAGAAUACAAGUGACAGAACAGUGCUGUUGAACUCCAUACAAAUCCUGGCAGAAAUGUUGGGCAAAACUCAGGUUGGUAAGCGAGCCGGUGUACUGGUCAGUGCCAACGCAACCAACAUCCUGUUCCAAGUUAUUUACCGCGAGGCAGAGGACCAGUUAUCUUCUGAAGAAACCAUGAUGCUGGCCCACUACGUCCUCGGAAAGCUCGCACAGAAAGAUCGUAAAUUUGCCACCAAAGCUCGACUGAACCUGGUGUUGUUGAUCACGCUGAACCUGAUCAAGAACAACUUGUAUAACUUCAAGAAUCUCCAGUCUCUGCUGUCCGUGUUCAAAGCCUACACCAAUAACAGUGUGAAUGCCUCCUACCUGGGGAAACAGAACUCCAUUCCGCCCAUGUUUCGUGUGAUUCAGCAGUGUGGGAGGAAGCACACGGCAAUACUGAAGCUGGCACUGGACAUCCUUACCAACCUUACCAAGUCAAGAAACAACGCAGCCAGAACGAUAGGGGGGGAGCACGUCCCCCACCUGCUGGCUCUCUACCACGAAUGGCAUCAGCUGGACACCAAGCAUCGACACGUCAACCUCAGGAAAGCCAUCCUGAACAUCCUCAAAAAUAUCACCAAUCUCCGCUCUGGACGAAAGGCUCUGGCAGACGCGAACGGUAUCCAGAUCCUGUACGACAGUGCCCAGGAAGUGAUCGACUGCCGUGAAAUGGAGAGCCUGAUCCUGCUGGCCAGUGUCAUUAUGAGGAAGUGCUGCCCGCGCAACAAGCUCCCACUGGACAAGCUACAGAGUCCAUUCAACCUGGAGCUUCCCGAGUCUGAGCUGUAUCCGACUGGACAAGAUGGAAUCAAUGACACGGGAUACAACGGUAACUCACCAGACAGCGACAACAGCUCACUGGAGGAGGACGAUGACAUUGACUCGGAUGAUGAGCGAUUCAAGACCGAGGACCACUCGGAAGAGGCUGAAGACGAUGCCAGUGAGGCCCCAGAGCCCUACAAAAGGACCUCGGAGGACCUACGGAUGUAUGACAGCUUCUUCCCAGAACUGUUUGAAAUAGAGCCUCAAGAAGAUGACGAUGAACCCUCAGCCUCUAUCUAUAUCCCGACUGGAAAUGUUGACUCCUUUGGGAAUGUCACUGCCGACUCAGAGUCUCGCCAAGCCAAUCUCAGAAUGCCUACUGCCACCAGCUACACUAGCUCCAAGAGCAGUGGUUAUAGUUCACUUCACUAUGAUGCACCUGACUACGAAUCUUAUGGGGCCAAUCGGUGCGACUCAGCUACUGCCAUCAACCUAAAGACAGGGACCAGUGUGUUCUCAUUGGACGGUCCGUUAUCUCAGUCCAACAAAGCUCCAACCAGCGCAAAACCCAAACAGCUAAUCCAAAAGUCUAGCAGUUCAUCGUCAUCACUACGGAAAGCAAAGGGGAACAAGAAAAUCACCAAGGACAAGAAAAAGAAGAGUUCCUCCUCCCUGUCGUCCGCGGCCAGCGCGGGCCUGAGGAUGAACGAGAUGGAGGCCGAGUACUGUAACGCCCUGUGCAUCACCCCAUUCCCUUCCUCCAGUAAGGAGCUUGACCUUGACCGGGAGGGGUACAGCAGUGACGAGGACGACAUGGAACAGUACCUCCACAGUCCCAUUGUGUUCCAGGAGGUCGCCGGCGCCACCAAGAGUGUGGCCAGGUUUGAGAAGCUGGCCUACCCUGACCUAGUGGGCGGGAAGUCAGGGUCAAACCUUGAGGGGCUGUACCACAGGAAGUUCGGGGUUCAAAGAAUCAAGGUGUUUGAGGACAUUGACCGGAUGAUCCAUCCUGAGCAUGUGAUUGACCGUGUGGUGUAUGAUGUGGACACUGUGGUCGCCCGCGCCUCCAGCGCCUACACCUCCACCACUCCCAGCCUCAGUAACAGGGACCAGAUGAGGAUUGGAAGUCGUCUGGAGGCCGGAGGGUCAGCUUCGCUGCGAUUCAACUCACAAUUCGAGAGCGGCAAUCUGAGGAAGGCGAUCUGGGUGCGUGAGUUUGAGUAUGACCUGAUUCUGAAUCCGGACGUAAACACGAACCACCACCACCAGUGGUUCUAUUUCGAGGUCAGUAACAUGGUGGCCGAUGUACCGUACCGCUUCAACAUCGUCAACUGCGAAAAACUCAACAGCCAGUUCAACUUUGGAAUGAAGCCUGUGAUGUUCUCAGUAACUGACGCUAUGGACGGCAAGCCGUACUGGUUCCGGACAGGGACCAGUAUCUGUUACUACAAGAACCACUUCACCCGCAGCGCCCAGGCCACAGGGGGCAUCAAGGGGAAGACUUACUACACUGCAACCUUCACUGUGACCUUUAAACACGACAAGGACAUCUGCUACCUUGCCUACCACUUCCCCUAUACCUAUACCACGCUACAGACACAUCUGACUCUCUGGGAGCAAUACCUGGACCAGACCCAGAUCUUCUUCAGGAGACAGACCCUGUGUAGCACCAUCACCGGUAACAAAGUGCCCGUCCUCACCAUCACCGCCCAGCCAAAGUCCCUGUCCAAGGACUUUGUAGAUGACCUCAGAAGUAGACCAUACAUAUUUCUAUCAGGGAGAGUUCACCCAGGAGAGAGUAACUCCAGCUGGGUCAUGAAAGGCACCAUAGACUUUCUGUUGAGUAAGCGACCAGCUGCCCAGUUACUGAGAGAGACCUUCAUCUUCAAGAUAGUCCCCAUGCUGAAUCCUGACGGGGUCAUCAAUGGAUGCCACCGAUGUUCCACAGCAGCAGAGGAUCUGAACCGGCGGUGGGACAACCCCUGCCCCAGGCUCCACCCCACCAUCUACCACACCAAGGGCCUGCUCCAGUACAUGCAGAUGAUUGGCAAAGUCCCUCUGGUUUUCUGUGAUUACCAUGGUCACUCUCGGAGGAAGAACAUUUUUAUUUACGGCUGUUGUCCCACGCUGUCUUACAUACCCAACGACACCAAAAACCCAGCGUGUACCGGCAACAAGACAGAAGAUAACUCCUUCAAGACACUACCCAGAAUUCUACACCUCAUGUCACCAGUGUUUUCCUGGCAGAACUGUAGCUUUGUGGUGGAGAAGGCCAAGGAAACCACAGCCCGCGUGGUUGUGUGGCGACAGAUCGGCGUCAUUCGGAGCUACACCAUGGAGAGCUCCUACUGCGGCAUCGACAAGGACGGCAAAUACAAGGACCAGCACAUCUCGACCCUAAUGUUGGAGGAGAUGGGACACCGAUUCUGUGAGGGACUGCUCAGACUUCGGACUCGCUUCUCGGGCAAGGAUCAGGCCGUUUCCUUCCCGUUCGCUGAGGACAGUAACUCCCCCAACGGACCAACCCAGGAAUCCGGAUCUGAUGAACUGUUGGCUGAGGCUGAUGAAGAUGUUAAUCUACCUGAUGAACAGAUCUUGUACGGAGCAGAAGAUGAGGAGUAUGAUGAAGAAGAUGAUGAUGAAAUGUAUGAGGAAGAUGAAACAUAUGAUGAUGAUAGAAACUAAGCAGAAAGGAUUGAAACAUACAACAAUGAUAGAAAUUUAACUGCAGAAGAUGAUGAAGGAAGUCCCAUCGGGAAAGAUGCAAAAUGAUGAUGAUAGAAAUUAAGCAGAAAGUUUGAAAAGUACAAUAAUGAAAAAUGGUUCAUAGAGUUGAUAGGAUAUUUUUGGUAGUUUAGACAAAAGACUGUGAAGAAAAUGGCUGCAAUGAGAGCCAAGUGUUUGUCUAUUUAGGUUGUUAUUGUUAAGUUCAUGUGCAUUACUGUUUUGCUUAUUUGUAAUACAAAGAUCUGUAUUAAUGUUUACCUGCUGUAGAUCUAGAUAUAUGUCUAUAUUCCUGGGGUAGGUCCCCCUGUAUCUGGCUCAUCAUGAGUGAUUGUAGUCGUUUUGCUAGAAUUUCUUGAUGAUUGUCAAAUGUCGUAUCAGAACCACUGAUGAGGUUUAGUCAGGAUGAUGCUGUUUGAUAACAAGUAAUCUUUGUUAUCUUUUUAGUUAUGCAAGUCUAGUUUUAUACAUUAAGGUUAUUAUAAGCUUAUUGUAGUUAUAUAUGUAUAAACUCGUAACACCUCAAACCAACCAUUUCUUCCUGUCGGUAGCCCUGUGAAGUUGUUUACUCUGUAAAGCUGGUAUGUUCAACCAUCACCUGUUCAAACUGACCUGAGUUCAUCCCAUUUUCAAAGCAAUGACCUACAUUCAUUAAUUGUUCCAGCUUUUCCCCUUCCUUUCUUUAUUGCAAUUCAAUCUGUGACCUUAAACACAUCAAACUUGUUAUAUGGAGUGAUAUACAUGUACUUCUAUCAUUAUCAAACAUUUUUUGAAUCACACUGAAUUACAAUAGUUCUAUGCAAUGGUGCCAGUAUUAUAAUCUGUUGGAAUAUGACUUCUGUGAGGGGUACGUUGGACAAGUAGUCAGGUGAUUAGCUGGGGGGUGAUUAAGCUGAUUAGCUGGGGGGUGAUUAAGCUGAUUAGCUGGGGGAUGAUUAAGAUGACUGUUUUCUGUGCCUUUGAGUUCUUCGCUCUGUAACCAGAAUAUGUGGGCUGUUUUUGUUUUAUUACUAGUACAAGGUGCAAUUUCAACCUCACAAGUUGUAGAUACAUUGUUUGGGAGUAUUUUUAUUUGCCUUUCAUUUUACUGAUUCAGUCAAAAGUAUAAGAUAUGGAAGAAUGUACACUGUUAUUUCCAGAUAUUCCUAUACAAACAUUAGUCCUGUUUAAACAUUAGCUCUGUAUUUUUCUACUGUUAUUUAUGUAGUACAUGUAUAUUUGAGUGUGUUCUUCAGAAAUCAGUUUAACUGAAUAUGAUUAAGUAGAAGAUUACUAUAAACUUACAAUGGGUACAGAUAUUUUGUCACAUCUUAGUAAUUUUAUCAAUUGUUUGCUUGUAUGCAUCCAAUACAUAUAACCCAUGUGAUGAAUUCUAAUACUACAGAAACAUUAGAUUUCGUGGUGGCUCAAUUUUCGGGGAAUUCCUGGGUACCUUUCAUCAGUGAAUUAACAUCCUCCAUGAAUUAAUAAAUUACUGAUAUGAAAUCAUAUUUUAUUUUGUAGGUAUAAAAUAACUCACGAAAAUGUGUCCCCACGAACCAGUAAAAUUUAAGCAACCCACGAAAAUUGACCCCCACGAAUUUUAAUGAUUCCACAGUAUUUAGCAAUUUCUUUAUUUUUGCCUUUAUAUACGCCUGGAACGAGGAUAAAAAAAUGUCAGGUACUGGUAUAUGUCUAGAAAAGAAUUGUCUAUGCUUUGUAAUGGAUUGUGAGUUUGAUCCUAUCUCACAGUGUUAUAAGAGGGAAAACUUCAACACAAAGAGAUGGAACAAUCAAAAAUCAUUUCUAUCACAAAUCCUGGGAGAUAUAAUUAUAUGUCAUACAUGGCAUGUCUUAUUUGUAUAUGAUCCUGACAUUGUUAUGUAUACUGUAUCAUUUAGACAUAGGUAUGAUCUAGACAUAGGUAUGAUCUAGACAUAGUUAUAUAUGAUCUAGACAUAGAUAUUUAUGAUCUAGACAUAGUUUUUUAUGAUCUAGACAUAGUUAUUUAUGAUCUAGACAUAGUUAUAUAUGAUCUAGACAUAGUUAUAUAUGUAUACAAUUAUCUAAAGCUGUGAUCAGAUUAUCUCUUUCAUUUUGAAUUUAUCUUAUUUUAGUGUACUAAAAUACUUGAUGAAGUGUUUGCCUUUAUUUUAACUUUAUUUUUAUUUGGGAUUAUUUAUUUGUGAAAGAGGGAGGAAGAGAGAGAUUGGUUGUAGUUAGAGUGGUGCUGUGUCUGAUUGUGAGGGUAUAUCGUGGUCCAUGGUGUUUCACUGACCAGACCGAUGUACUUGUAUACCAUUUAAUGACAUACAUUAGAUAUACAUAAACUGUCAAACUAGGUAAUGCUGUUACCUAUUUCUGGUACUCUCGGCAUUUCAUGUACCAAUAAAAUGGAAUGUUC